UGUCCGACUAUGUACAGAUAAUUACCGCCCGUACGAUGACAGACCUGUCACCCCGGGGUGCGUUCACGUUCGGUUUCAUAAAGAGGAAAGCGAAGGACGCCUCGUGCAUCACAAUUAGUGAAGAGAGAUCCGGCGGCAAGUGAAUACAAAAUACAAACUGUCUACUGCACGCGUUCGAUACGAACACUCGCCAAAUAUUCGCGGGGAAAUUCAAGCUAACGGGGACAGCCGCUUCCGAUUUGAGGAAAAGUGUUUAUUAUUCGAGAGCAUUGCAGUUUACGAAAUUUUGGCAGGCUUUGAGUGCAUUGUGGUGCAACGAUUAUCUGGAGAUUGUAUCGUAUUGUCAGUGAUAACUGUGUGAGCUCGCACUUGUGUUUUGUGAUUGAAAACAGUGGAAUACUUUAUAUUUUAAACAAGAAUUCGGUAUAAUGACAAUGGAAAAGUUUCCUCGAGUAAUACUUAGUAUAGCACUAGCUACACUACUCCCCGUAGUAUCACCAAAUAGUCAACAACAAGCCAAAGAGAAUAUUCCUCAUUCGAGACAAAAAAGGAUACUUUGGAUUACAAACGAUGGACGUCUCGCCUUACCACCUGGAACCACGAUGGCAAUCACACCAUCGAUAUCCAUGCCAUUCGUUAGACAUCCGCCGAAGGGUUUUCUGUCAAAUAUGACAGUUAGUUUUCCGUUUACAAUCGACUUUGAUAAAUUAGGUCUUACCGACAACGAAAACCCAUACGGAGAUUUGCCGCCAAUUUUUGCGCGGUCUAUGGGGAGUACAGCAGCUUCAGUACUGGCUGACUACGUUGGACAAUACUUAGAUCACAGAAGAGGGAAGCGGUCCACAGAACAGCAGAUAAAUCCUGAAGCCGAGAAGGUGAUCCUUGAUAAAUUUCACGGCGGUGAAAGAGCCUUAAUGUACGGAAUUGUUGAGGAUCUGAUGGCUAACUUUGGCAUGGAUGGAAAGGAAUGUCUUCUGCGCGCUAUUUGUGAGGUGCACGCCCACCCGCUACAGAACUUUGGAUUUAUCGGCGAAGUUAUGAAAUUGUUUUUCAGCCCCAGCAAGUCGCCGUACGCGAAACUCCUAGAAGAGUACGUGAAGGCGCAACAAGCCGGCGAGUCCGGGGGAGAAUGCUGGCCGUACUACAGGCUGUGUCCGAAGAGUAUUUUCCAGUCGAAUCAGAAUAAAUAUGCUGAGGAUGCCGAAACACUCCACCGGCGAGAGCAAGAUGCUGUGGACAUGAACACUCUAAACACUAAAGCAAUGUAACAUAGAAUACUCAAAGAUAUCCCAAACGUAGUGGUAGUUUCCAACCAAAGCCGAUUGAAAGUUUAGUCCUUAGAGUAAUGAGCCCGUGUUCCUAGAUUCACAAUAACUUAUAAGUAUGUGCAGUUUAUUAUGGCCAGUUAUUUUGGUCAGUAAAAAUUGUUAAAUCUUGUCAUUUAGAGACAUAAGAUAUUAAGUCCAAAAGGCUUUUCAAUACAUAAUGCACAGUACUAAAGGAUAUUUAUUUUUUUGUGCACAGUUAUGAAGCUUAUUAAUGUGACUUUUAAAUGAUAAUUUUAAAACUGCAGCUUCAAUUUAUUGAGUAUUGGUUGUAAAAUUCUAAUAUAUGUAACGUCACACAAUGUCUUUGUGCCAGGGUCGAAAGGGGUUGGGUCGAAAAUCAUGUUUUUAGUGUAAUUGAUGGAUAGCCCCAGACGAACCCCACACAUCGACGUGGUGCAUAUGGUCAUAAUUCACAAUAUGGUUCCCUCGCGAUUAGGUGACAGGCGGUCAUCAUAGUGACUUCACGUUACUAUACUUUAAGAAUCACCAAUCAAAAGUGCGAUUUGCCAGCAGACGUCACUUAGACCUUGAUUCGACAAGGUUCCUUCCCUGUUCCAACGCGCGGGAUAUAAGUUUUUAUUAACAAUCCGGUAACUUUAGGUUUUACUUUCAUUUAAUAUAUAAAUGAAAAUUAAUCUCAAAUAGGAUCAUAUUAAAUUGAUAGCUAAAAUAAAUACCAAUGAAUUAUAGUAUAAUUUUCCUAUUGAUAACUUUACGUUCUAUCAGUUUUCGUUAGUUUGAUCGAUACUAUGAUACGUUACUUGUUACAAGACAGACAGUUGCAAAAUGAUUAUAACCUAAAUUAAUUAUUCUAAGAUCAUUUUAAAUCCUACCUAAGUGAUAUAAAAAUCGAACGUAAUAAAAGCACGUUAUAAACGACUAUUUAUUCACACUUUAUUGUGAAUCUAGAUAAUACUCGUAAGAAUGGUGAAAUUAAUAAGCAUAUUUCUAUAACGAAAUAAAGGACCGGUCAAGUGUGAUCGGCCUCACACAAGAAGGGUAUAUUGUAUGGAUACAAUCGUGUAAGAUAUCACAAUAUUUUCUUUUUAAUUAAUUUGUAAGAGAUACAUUUUUAUCUGCAUGGCGGCCAUUUUGAGAUACGCCAUCUUUGUUUUGAUUAUUCUUAUACAGGAUGUAAUCGUUAAGUGUACCAGGCAAUUAUUCCGUAACUAUUACAGAUAUCAAAACACUUUUAACUGAUAUCGAAAACCGUUUCCUUAUCAGUAAAACAACAUCAAUAACUUUUUGAAAAUGAAACGAUAAGUAUCCAAAAGUUUGACGUAAGACACUCCCAAACAUUUAGUAUGAGAUUACUUUUUACACGCUAUCUAUUAGCUUCACCUGUAUGUUUGUAUGUUUGUAACCGACUUCUUUGGGCGCGAUUUUGAUCCACUUUAAACGGCUAGAUUUCGUUCAAAACUUUGUAGAUUUAUCGAGGACCGAUGAAAUUACACUAAUUUGAUAAAAUUAUUAAAUUUUUCAAUUUUCAAAAUAUGAUUUUUGUUAAUUUAUAUAAUUUUCAAAUAAAUAAAUCACUAAUAAGCGCCAUCUAGUAAUUUAUUGUAAACUACAAAGGAAACACGCGACAUGUCAAGACAGUUCCACAAAAUUAAAGUAUCUAAUUCGUUUAGAAGCGAAUAGAUGGCGGUGAAUUUAUAUUUCCAUUAUAAAUUAUUAGUGCGUGAUUUAACUGAGCUAAUUAUUAUUAGAGCUACUUCGGGGAUCUCGGGCUAGCUGAAUUAAGUGAUCUUUCAAUAUAACUAAAAUAUUUUUAUUCGCAAAUAUUAAAAUCCCUUGAU